UGUAACUGCCAUGUCCUUACGCAACCUUGAGCCGAGCGUCCAGUCAGCCAAUCAUAGGUUACCUAAGGGCCGUGAUGUCACUGGUCCGUGUAGGCCUGACGUGGUAGAGUGGAUGUAAGGCGGUCAGUGAUUGGUUAGCUAACUUGAGUUACGUGAUACGGGAAGCCGCAUAGCAUUAGCUUGGCCGAGCAGGCGUCAACUGGGGUCAACUUGAAGUUACACGAGAAAGGGAGAGAGAGAACGAGAGGCGAGGGGAUUACGUUCAGUUACCGCAUCAUUACAACAUCUUGCCUAACAGGAUAGAAGUCAACUUACGGAAUUAGUCACACCGCACGAAAGAAACGUGAUAAACCAAUGAUGGUGAUAGGAAUGGAAGCUUAAUCUACAAGAAAAACUAAAAUGGACGAACGGGACGAGUCAGACAUUCCCGAAAGUAAUCCCAGAAGAAACGGACAUAGCGUCCUGCUCAAUGGUGUACAGAAAACAAACGGCCAUUCCCAUAGAGAUCGCGAUUUAGAGGAAAACGGAAUGGGUGCGUCCGAUGAUAACAUGAGCCAAGACGGACCUUUAGACUUUUCGGUAAAACGCAUCGGUAAACGUCGUCAUUCGGAAAGUGAUGACUCAAGAUCCUCGUGCACAAGCUCAAAUGUUCCUCAUAUAAAAGCCGAAUCCCCUGACAGUGAUCGUCAUUCAAAUGCCCCUUCACCUGGAGAAAUUACCCAUGAUUCAAAACACGAUUUAAGCCGAUCAUCUGCUGCUAUGGCUGCCAUGGGACUAUUUCCAGGUAUGAUGGGUAAUGGCGGAGUGUUCAACAAUAUACCUACCAGCAUGGCAGCCAUGAUGGAUCCAAAACUAAUUCACAAUAGUCAGAAAAGUUCCCGUCCUUUCAAAGCUUAUCCUAAAGAAGCGCUUUCGAUGCCCGUGGGGUAUUUCGGUAUGCCCGGGUACAUGCCCUUUCCAGGUAUGGAUACAAGUGUUCUUCAGGGUCUUGGGGUAAGUUCGGAAGAACUAAUGUCCAUCUAUAAACAGCAACUUCUAGAACGAGAUAAACAUGGCAACAAGCGUUCUGGCCAUAGCAACGGUAACAGCAGCAGUGGUAGUAGUACAAAUGGCGACACCACUCCUCUACCCUCCACACCAAAUAACCCUCAAACAUCUCCAUCAUCAAAUAUAUCAUUACCUCCUCAAUUAGCAGCAGCACGUGCUACCAUGGUUAGCAGUACAAGUGGUUCCCCAGGAUCCAACAAUAGUCGUAGACGUCCACGUAUUCUCCCAGACGAACAGAAGGACGAGGCGUACUGGGAACGGAGGCGCAAAAACAACGAUGCUGCCAAGCGAUCAAGAGACGCUCGACGUGCUAAAGAAGACGAGAUCGCUAUUCGGGCGGCUUUAUUAGAACAGGAAAAUCUGAAACUACGGGUCGAGGUAGCUGCGCUAAAAAGUGAAACAGCAAGACUCCGAUGUAUGCUGUAUAACAAUUGAAAUAUUUAAAAGUGUCUGGAUGUCAGUGUGUAGUUUUGUGUGUCCAGUCAUAAAGUGUACGAACUAUGAGAUUUGGAUCAUCUGUUUUCGAGUAUGAAUUAUGGAUAGCCGACUAGGAAACCGUGUCUACCUCUUACUUGUAUUUUGAAGUUUCAAAGAUAUUGUUCAUUGUAUGAUUUUUCAAUUGCACUGGACAUUAUGAAAUGUUUGGACUACUUGUGUAUGUUGUGUACGUGUUACGUUUUCUUUUUAUGCAAACAAAAACCAACUACGUCAUCGAGUCCAUACUUAUGACGUCAUAACUGGUACCUCAAUUGAUUCUCCCCCCUCUAGCAAAUUCUUCUAAGUUCUAUUUUUAGAUACUAUGCAUCUUCUGUGCUACACUUGACAUACCAUUUACAGGUGCCAUAAAUCCCGGCCUUGGACAGUGCUAAUCGCCAGUGCUCUAAACAGAAGACCCCGAUUAAUGGGAAUAUUGAAUAAGGCUACUUUCUGGUUUCUUUAGUUGUAGCAAUCAAAAGUACGAACCAAACCUAGAAGUUAUUUUUUUAAAAACAUGCAUGAAAAGUGAAGAAACGAAAUUUACAUGUAAUAUAGAUUGUUGAAUGCUAUUAUAUGUUGUAUCAUUAGUUAAUGGAAAUCAUUUAAUUCGUUUCAUAUAAACAAAACACUUCUCAGGGAUAUAAAUGACCAUUUUGCAUGUGUGUGGAUGAAUCACGUGAUUACCAUAUAUGGUUAUAUAUUUCCAUACAGUUAUUUCGAAUUUGUAAACCAAGGCAGCGUAAUAUUUGACAUGUCUAUAGUUUUUCUAUUUAUAUAUAUAUAUAUAUAUACACGAGGGUAACGAGUCGUGCUGUUUAAAAACUUUGUAUAAUAUAUUUUAUGGGUGAUAUCCUUUAUUCAGCACGUGCUUGUAUUCUCUCUAAUUCCUUACAUGACGUCAUUGAUUGGUCCAUUUUGAAAAUCUAUUUAAAAACCAUAAUGAUUUUAAUAUUAUAUUAUAACAUAUAUUUAUCUUUACACGCAUCUUUCACUCUAACUCAAGGAAUAUACCAUUUCAUAUGUUUAAAGAAAGUUUUGAAUUUCAGUCGAAACGUAAAGUUGUUAAUAUGUUGGGAGAAUUAUAUUAUUAAAGAUAUUAUAUAUUAUAUUUGUUAUUUCGACUGAAAUUUGAAAUUCUCUAUUAUUUUGUACAUAUUAUAAUAAUUGUUUUGGUUAAUCUAUCUGUUUUUUUGGUGCACAAUUAAAUGUUGAGUGCUAUUUUAUUUUCAUCAUUGUGUUUUGAGAAAUCAACAAUAGAAUACGCCCUGUUUUUGUUUUCCUGGAAAAACGUUUUGUAGGAUUGAAAAUUGUUUUGUUUUAAUCCUUGGGUGUUAUUGGUCGAUUGAGCACACUAAAAACACAACACAAUUCAUUUAGAAAACAAUCACUGGUUUAUACACAUAGCACGGCAUUUUUUUCCACGACUGUUCUCUUUGUUUUUCAAGCACAAAUGGAAACGAUAAGAGAACACGUACUGAAACGUCGUGAUAUAUGUUUGCAAACCAGUGAAUAUUUUUCUUUAUUAAUUUGGUAUGUGUUUUUUAUUCAAAAAUAACGUAAUUACGUAGCGUCAGUAUUUCUAUAACAGAUGCUGGCGUUACAAUCUGUUUCAUAAAGGUAUUGUGAAAAGUCUUCUUAUAGCUCGGUAAAAGAUGACGGCUUGUAACAUAUGACGUUACAUCACAGGGCGACAAUGAUUGGCUUAAUGUCACGUGUAUUGUUUACAUAAGAUGUUACUGGUCCGGGCAGGAUGACACCCUUUACUCGUUUUACAUACCAAUUUAUAUUAUUUUUCUAAUACUUAAAAAAAUGUUUUAGAAUUUAAAAUUUGUCGAAGGAUAGAAGUUAAUAUUUGGAGCUCAUUAAGCCGCAUCGAUGUCAUCUUUAUCAGUAAUUGUAGCGGCCUAGCGAAUAUUCAAUGCUGAUCAGUGUGCUGACGUUAUUUUGACGUUUAACCAAAACAGGUCGUAUUUUAAUGUUUUUAGUUCGUUUUAAUCACGUGGUCGAUACGGGUUAUAAAUUUGAUGUGUUGAAACGAAUGCUCAAUCAUGUUCAUUUGUGUUUUGUCUGUCUGAUAUUAUUUUAACCAAAUAUACAAGCUUGGGUUUCCAUGGAAACAAAUUCAGAUAAUCCCCACCUUUAAUACACAUAACCCAUUACAAAUGACGUCAGCGGGGAAAUAAUGGCAUUCCCAUUCAAACACCCUGACCAUUUAUCAUUUCGUUUCAAACAGUUUUAAAAGAUCCGGGGGGCCACAGAUGUGUUGUAAUGACGUGUCUAAUAAAGUUUACGUGUAUCUAAGGGGCGUGGUUUUGUCGAAUAUUGUUCCGUGUUUAAUUUAAAGCUCGUAUUGUAUCUGUUUUGGUUUUGUUAGUGUUUAUGUGUUUAAUCAGUAAUUCACUGAUAUAUGGUUCAAUCUCAGGGUUUUUGUAACAUUUCUUCUAGUUUAGUUCUAUAGUUGUUUAGUAAUAUAGUGGCCGGUAUACGUUGGCGCUGUUUGAAUGAAUUGAAAUCGGGUUUGCGCAAAAAUUGUACCAUACACACUGUACAUAAAUAUAUAAGCCAGAUUUUAUAAGACGUUAAACCAGGGCCUAGUUGUGAUUGUAUUUUAUUAAAGGGGCGACAGUGUCGUUCUUUCAGACACGUAAACAUCGAUAAUUACGUCAUUAUUGUUAGAACGUAAAAAGGUGAUUUAACGAUAGAACGUAAAAAGGUGAUUUAACGUUAGAACGUAAUUUAACGAUAGAACGUCGAUGUGAAAAAAAAAAAACAACCAACAAAAAAAUUUAACGAUAGAACGUAAAAAGGUGUUUUAACGUUAGAACGUAAUUUAACGAUAGAACGUCGAUGUGAAAAAAAAUCAACCAACAAAAAAAACCGUGAUUUAAGGAUAGAACGUCGAUGUAAAAAAACAAAGUGAUUUAACGAUAUAACGUAAAAGGGUGUUUUAACGUUAGAACAUAAAAUACGUAAUUUAAUGAUAAAACGUCUAGGUAAAAAAAUCGACCAACAAAUUUUAAAAAAAAAACAAAUAAAGGGAAUCUAAAAGAAAGUGGAUGAUAUUAGUUUAAAAUAAAUCUAUAAUCCAUUAUGAUAAUAUUUGAUUUACGUCUCUUUCUUAUCUUGAUUCAUUGUUGGUUAUUGUUGAAAGACCCAAGUUGAUUAAAUCGGGCGAAUUGAAGCCAGUGUCAACAUGCUCACAUCAUUUAAAAGCUCUUAUUUAUUGAGAUAUGUUCGUCAAACCUGUGGUUUUAUUGUUCGUAAACUUUUCAACUUACACUGGUCACUUCAUUGCGUCUAUAUUCUCUGUGAUUCAUGUACGUACAGUGUAUAAACAUAGUUUAACGAUACGCACAUAACACAGCCACGAGUAUUGACCGCUACAUAACCCCGUGCACAUUCUAUAUCCCAUGAACUAUGACCUCUUGUCAUUUAAAAAAAAAAGCAUUAAGUGCCCUUAAAGCAUGAGGUCGGCGAAUUAACCCUUUUAUAUCCUUUGUCGCGUAACCUCCUCGUGACCUGCUCGAGGAAACAUGGCUACCUUAUUAUGGUUAUAAUUAAAUACAGUUGGCUCACAAAAUUUCAUUCAGACGGAAAAAAAUUGGAAAAGAGAGAAAAAAAAACAAUCGAGCGUAAUUAAAGCCCGCAUAUCGUUUCUUUGUUUGAUCGGAGUCCAGAUUUCAUACGUAUCUGAUUCCAUGAGAUAAAGAAGUGAAAAAUCCCUUGUAUCGCGUCGGUUCAACAGACGAAAAGAAAUCCAGAAUAUACGAUUAUAUAUUACCAUUUGCUAUCAUUAUUAGUUAUGUAUUAUAUUCAAUAUUUUUAGAUUUUUUUCUCUCUCUGUUUGAUUUUGUAUAUUUUAAUUAUUUCUACAUAUAUACAUAUAUUAUAUAUAUCAUUCUUCAGUUUUCUCUAUUGUUCUUGUACUUCUUCAUGUAUUGCCAGAAUGAUAUGCAACGUUUGGGUGCGUUCGAUUCUCGGAUCUGUGAUAAAAAUGUACCCAUAUUUGUGUGUUUGAAAGUGUGUUAGGAUUCGAGUCGAACUGGGGAACGUUAACUUCGAUCUUACAUGGGUUGACGGCGGCCAUAUUUGAAUAACCAUGAUUUUGUUAUUAGCGGCCUCCUUUAUCUGGGUUACCUUAAACACUAUUCGGCACGACUCGAUUAAAUUUCCGGAAACUCACCCGGACUUCGUAACGAGUUGUACAAGGAUCGCUCGUAUAUGUGAAUCCACGAUUAGCGCAGAAGUUGUCAUUGCAGAUUAAUUGCAUUUUGCCCAACAGAAUGUAAGCAUCGUGUUAUGGAAGCCCCGAAGUUGUUGCAAGUUUGUCGAAAGUCUUGUGAUAUUUCUAAAUGCACAAAUUGUCCAUAUUGAAUCGAACGCCCCAAUGACGGUAUAAUUGGGUGUACCGAAUGCUUUCUGUUUGUUAUGCUACUUAUAUUAUGACUGUAUAUAUUUAUAUCUUUCAAUUCUUUUUGUGAUUUUAAAAACGGGUCAAAGGUCGUUCCCAUGGAAAUUUUUAAAUUCGAAAUAAAGUUGUCUGUGAAUUAGAUAACGUGUAUGGAGCGGAAUUCGCUGCACAAUUCUAACCCGUCAAAUAGUCAUGCUUGUUUUAACGUGCAUUUAUUAUGCAUUACUAGGUUAAUUGUAGAAAUUGCGUCGUGAAAUCCGCUCUAUCCUUACCUUACAUGACAUUUCUGAUAACUGUAGGAAGGAAGCACGCGACGAGUAUUCGACUACCGGAAGUGACUUUAAUUUGAAUUAAAUUCUUGACGUGGGAACGAACCUAGUUCAAACAUGUUAUCAUUUUGUUAAAUCGGUUCAUUUUAGAACUUGUUCGAAACCGUUCAGGCAUAUCUACCCUCCAUGAGCUUAAAAGAGCAUUUAUACCUUGGUUACUAUGACGAACUAGGACGAUAUAUUGGCAUUUUCGUGAAAACAUUUAAGUUAUUGAAACAUCCAUGAAAUAUCACUUAUCGUAAUUAGGGAUCAUUCCAAAAUGAUUUUACAUUUCGAGGAAAAGACCACCAAUAGAUACAUGUUCCAUCUUAAUGAUUUUUACUGUAUUGUAACGGUGAGUGCUUUCAAUCUGUUUAAAACUCAGAUCCUUUUCGGUUCGUUUCGUUUUUUAUUGUUCAAAUUUUCGUUUUACUUGUCAUUACUACACGUAGGCCAUCGAAUGUAUAUAAAAAACGAAACGAAAGAUAAAUCUGUACUUUAAUCAGAUUGUGAGUGCUGUACGCUUCUAUAAUAAUUUAAAACCAUUUAACCGGAAGUAACUUCACUUGUACUUAACCCGAGUUUUCUCUGAAUGCUAUUGACCGAAUUUGAAAUAUUAAAAUUAUUACCAGUGAUAAUCUAAUUUUUAGACGUUUUUGUAUCAAUUAUAAGUUUCCUUACUGGACAAACGUGGCUAUAGAAUAGAUAUCAAGAAACAGAUUACUUUUACCAUUUGUCAAAGCUAACUCUAAUUAGUUUUCAGACAUAAAAACCAAACGUCCAUCAUUUUGGUAUCCUGGCAACGCCAGCUGACCUAUCAUUUACAGAUGAAGGCGUUAUCUUGAAGCCACGUGUAAUCAAUAGUUGCAACUUGUCUUAUAGUUCCGACUGGAAAACACGAGCUAUUGUUUUAUCGUACUAUAUUACUUAUUGCUAAAUUGAAUCGUGUGGGUUGCACGAGAUUCAGGAUAUCGACACGAAACCAAUACUAAUGGUUCAAAUUUUAAAUUUGAAUUUAAAAAUUCGUAAAAAAAAAUUACCAGAGGGCGUGAAUAAUUACGAAAAAGUAACGCCGACAGUUUUGUCAUUUUUGAAAGGCUAUACGUGUGUGAAGUUAAGUAAUAAAUUAAAACCGUUCUUUGUAAUAUCCUGAUUGCCGUGCAUUGCCAUUGUCAAAAGUCUCUCCUAAAAGAAGAAAAUAUUCGAGCAAACCACAACCUUUCUGUUGACUUUGCCGACAAAUUUAUGACCUAUACAACCAGGAAACAUCGUGUAGAAAAUUUAAUAAGGUGUGCUUUUAGGACAGCCGUGGAUUUAUUUGAUUUAUUUACGUCAUAUUUAUUCCUUCUAAAUUUUAAUGUUUAAUAACCAUUUAUGACAAAUGUGAUUCUAUUGUUUUCACUAUAGUUGUAUUGUCUCUUUAAAUAAAACCGAGCCCUUAUUCAUGAAACUUAAACUAAAAUAUUUUAAGAAUUCUUGCUUUUCAUUGGCUAAGUGCUAUAAUUAUAGCUACAACGUUAACCCUCAACCAAUGAAAUGGCUACUUCCUUAACAUAUUUUAGUUUAAGAUUUCGUGACGUAAGUCCCAGUUUUAUCAUUUUAACAUGUGUACAACGAUACUUUAUCAUAAUCUAUGUUAAACCAACUAUAAAUUAUAUUUAUAAGACAUUUCAUCAAGUAAUUUAUUCCACAUACUAUAAUAUUUACUUACAUUCGAAUUUAAUUAUAACCUACGUCAUCAAUUCCGGAUAUUCAAAAUAGUAUUACGUCACAUCACCUAAUAUCAUUUAUGCAAUAAUUGCUUGCCUAAUGAUCACCGAUUGUUUGAAAGCUAGUUGGUUAUAAAUGUCAUAAAAUGACGUCAUCUAUUCUCCCCGAUCUAAUGGCGGCCGCGUUAUUCCGCAUACAGAACAGGAAAUUCAAUCUGAUUAUUUCAUGAAGUCCAUAACGUGAUAUGUUGUCAGCGAUCGCCUAGAGUAGAAUCCAUAUAUGGUUCAAAAAUAAACUUAAUGAUGUUCUCAAGGUCGCCUACUAAAGUAAUUCUAAAUUUUUGAUGACAUUUUAAAGGGUGUCCAUUUACUAAUAACACUGGAUGAUCGGGUUAUAAAGUUAUAUGACACUGUCAAUGAUGCGCUUUAAAAGUAAAAUUAAUUAUAGAUUGAUAGAUGACGCUUUCAAGGCUAAUUAUUCUGUUUAUAAAGUAAAACGAAUUCUAGAUUUUUUUCAUGAUACUUUCAUGGCUGCUCUUUAAAAAAAUAAAACUGAAUAUUCGGUUUAUAAAGUAAAACGAAUACUAGAUUUUUGCAUGAUACUUUCAUGGCUGCCCUUUUAAAAAUAAAACUGAAUAUUCGGUUUAUAAAGUAAAACGCAUUCUAUAUUUCAAGGCUGCCUUGUUCAAAAUAAAACUGAAUAUGCUGUGUAUAAAGUUCAAUGAAUUCUAGAUUUUUGAUUAUUUUUUUUUUUAUCUAUUUAGUUUAACUUGUAGCCCUUUACUUAUUUACUUCAUAGUUCUAGUUUCACUGUUCAAUUCAACUUAAUUCAUGUUAUAUAAAGUGCAUGUGUGAUUUGUUUUUUUUUUUACUACUUUCAUUUUAUCAUCUCUAUUUUUAGAAUGACAUCAUGUGAUAGCCUACCUGCCUUGUUGUGCGUGCGCAGAUUCAUUAUUAUCAUUCAAUAAAACACUACCUCACAAUACAGAUGCUAUUUAUUGUUCCAUUUUAUUCCUGUCCAUGAGAAUUCAA